UAUAGAAACAAUUUAUAAUGCCAUUUCAAAAUAAUUAAUUUAUUGUUCCAGCCGUGAGCCAUGUUAAACCAUUUAUCAUUUAAACACAAAAAUUGAAUAAACAAACAGAGGUUUUAAAGAAUAAUGAAAUAAAUAUAAGAUAAGCAGCCUACGUACACAGUUACUUAAAAAGUGAAAAGAAUUGCAAAAAUAGAGUGGAUCAAUACAUCCUACGCAACCUCUAUAAAAUACACCCUUAUACAAAACUAUUUAAAUAAAGUUUAUUUGUCAUAUUGAUUUAAAAAGAGAGAGUGUCGACGAGGAGAAUAAUUUUAAAAGAGAGUUACCAAUUUGAGCAUCUGUUUUUGUUAUUGUUUGUUUAAGAGCGUUGUGUUCGAUAAUCAAUAUGUCUUUUCGUAUGAAAGCUACUAAAUGUCCCACAGACGAACUGUCUUUAACCAAUAGAGCCAUUGUCAAUGGCAAUGAUUUUCCAGAUGACAUUAAAUACGCUGACAUUUCACCAGGCUCUGGUCAGCAUUAUAUAUUUGCUUUGGAACGCACACCAGAAGUGCCAAGGAGUCAUGUCGGUUUUUCUUUGGUGCAACGAAAAUGGGCGACUUUAUCGAUUAACCAGGAGAUUCAUGUGCGUCCAUAUCGCUUCGAUGGAAAUUCUGAUAUCAUAACUGUGGCUUCGUUCGAGACAGAUUUCCUACAAAAGAAGACCAUAUCUAAAGAACCAUAUGACACCGAUCAAAUGGCCAAAGAAUUUCUUAUGCAAUUUGCUGGUUUGGCCUUGACCGUUGGCCAAACUCUAGUGUUCAGCUUUCAAGAAAAAAAGCUACUGGGAUUGGCUGUAAAAACUUUAGAAGCAAUUGACCCGAAAGCAAUUGGGGAAGGAAAGGAAGCUUCCACUAAAAAUGUACGGUUUGGCCGCAUUACUGGCAACACUAUGAUACAAUUCGAAAAGGCGGAAAAUUCUUCAUUGAACUUGCAAGGCAAAUCAAAGGGCAAAGUAGUGCGUCAGUCAAUUAUCAAUCCUGAUUGGGAUUUUGGCAAAAUGGGUAUCGGCGGCUUGGAUAAAGAAUUCAAUGCUAUUUUCCGUCGUGCUUUUGCCUCAAGAGUCUUUCCUCCCGAAGUGGUUGAACAGCUGGGUUGCAAACAUGUCAAAGGUAUUUUGUUGUAUGGACCUCCUGGUACCGGCAAAACCUUAAUGGCUCGCCAAAUAGGCAAUAUGUUGAAUGCCCGUGAGCCGAAAAUUGUAAAUGGUCCGCAAGUAUUAGAUAAAUAUGUCGGCGAGUCCGAAGCUAAUAUAAGACGGUUGUUUGCCGAAGCUGAGGAAGAGGAAAAGAGGUUGGGUCCUAACAGCGGCCUACAUAUAAUUAUUUUCGAUGAAAUUGAUGCCAUUUGCAAAGCUCGUGGUUCAGUAGCGGGUAACAGCGGAGUCCAUGACACUGUAGUUAAUCAAUUGUUGGCUAAAAUCGACGGAGUGGAGCAAUUGAAUAAUAUUUUAGUUAUUGGUAUGACCAAUCGCCGUGACAUGAUUGAUGAGGCUUUACUACGCCCUGGCCGUUUGGAAGUGCAAAUGGAAAUCAGUUUGCCUAACGAAGUUGGAAGAGUACAAAUUCUAAAUAUUCACACGAAACGUAUGCGCGAUUUUAAUAAAAUUGCUGGAGAUGUGGAUACGAAAGAAAUCGCUGCCCUUACCAAAAAUUUCAGCGGCGCUGAAUUGGAAGGCUUAGUACGUGCUGCCCAAUCUACUGCUAUGAAUAGAUUGAUAAAAGCGGAUCAAAAGGUAUCCGUAGAUCCUGAAGCUAUGGAAAAAUUGAAAGUCACUAGAGCCGAUUUCUUGCAUGCUUUGGAAAAUGAUAUAAAACCGGCUUUUGGUACUGCGCAAGAGGUGUUAGAAAAUAUGUUAUCGCGUGGCAUUAUAAAUUGGGGCCAACCGGUGACAAACAUAUUGGAAGAUGGCAUGUUAUAUGUACAGCAAGCUAAAACCACUGAAUGCUCCGGUUUAGUAUCGAUUUUGAUUGAGGGUUCGCCUAAUUCAGGUAAAUCGGCCUUGGCUGCUAAACUAGCACAAAUGUCGGAUUUUCCUUUUGUCAAAGUAUGCUCGCCAGAAGAUAUGGUUGGGUAUACAGAGUCAGCUAAAUGCCUGUAUAUACGUAAAAUUUUCGAUGACGCUUACCGUUCCACACUAAGCUGCAUUGUGGUUGACAAUGUUGAACGCUUGUUGGAUUAUGGCCCCAUUGGUCCACGUUACUCUAAUUUGACCUUGCAAGCUCUGCUAGUGCUGUUGAAAAAGCAGCCACCAAAAGGUCGUAAAUUAUUGAUUUUGGUUACAUCGAGCAGACGAGAGGUUUUAGAGGAGAUGGAAAUGUUGUCUGCUUUUACUUCUGUUAUACAUGUACCUAAUCUUUCCAGUUCUGAACAUGUGCUAGCUGUUUUAGAAGAUGCCGAUCUAUUUAGCAAAGGCGAGUUACAGGCAAUUGGCAAAAAAAUAUGUGGAAAACGGGGUAUUUUUCGCCGUACGUCACAAACAGGAUCUGUUCGACUUUUCAUCGGUAUUAAAAAACUUCUCGGUCUGGUUGAUUUGGCACGGCAGACUGAACCUCAACAUCGAGCAAUUAAAUUUUUGACAAAAAUGGAGGAAGAGGGCGGUUUAGAAAUGAUGCGUCAACAGUAACUAUUUUCCAGAGACUUAAGCGUGUCCGUGCUGAAGCUCCACAAUGUUUUUUAAUUUGCAAGUUAAGUAAAAAAUAGCAUAAAAUAAAAUGCUCUGCUCUCAGAAAUCUCGUCUAUUAAGAACGAAUAUAUAUUGUUAUACGAAAAUGUUAUCAAAUUAUAAAACGAUAUUUAAAAAUGAUUCUAUUAUUAACCGUAAGCAUAUAUAUGAAGAGGAACUUUAUCUAUUAUGGAAGGAUAAUAUUAAAACUAGUUAAUUUUAAAUUGGUAUUAAAAAAAAAUCUAAAAUUAGUAAAAGGCUUCAAAAAAUUUGCAUGCCACUUGAAAUAAAUGUUCGGUCAUUAAGUUUGCUGAUAAUAGGUUCUUAAAAACAAUAUUAAUACUGAUGAUUUACUUAAGUUGAAGGUAUAACUUUUGAAAACAUUCCACAUUAAACGUCCAUUAGCUUAUGAUCUCUUGUUGAAAAAGAAAUAAAAUAAUAGCCUCAAAAUUGUAAAAGCAAUGAAUAUUCAAUUGAAUGCUUAACAAUUAUUUAACAAACAUUAAAACUUUUCUGAAAUCUCUAGACAAAUAAGCUUCAGACUGCAAAUCAUAGCUUAAUGUUUUUUCAUUUGUAACCGAAGAAUCUAGAUGUACUCAUUUUAUCACUGCUUUGGCAAAAUUCAGUACCCUCAUAGAGCACAUUGUUGCUCAGAAUAUGAAUCGAUUUAGUCAAUUGUCAUUAAUUGUUGGGAUUUUCAAAUUCCUAAAUAUUGAAAAGAACUUCCAGUACACAUUUUUUGUCAACGUCCGCAGAUCAUAUUUGGAAUUAUUGAUAAACACUUAAAUAAUUGUAAAAUCUACCUAGCAAAUACCAUGUAGUUUAUGUAUUCAGGGUUUGCUUAUCUCUUGUUUAUUGCUGAAAUUCUUAAGGAAUAAAGUUAAACUGUCUAAUUUCAACAUGGAAAAUUGUAUUGCGUGAGUUGUGGGCGAAUCUUUUGCGCUCGCCUCCGUUAUCUUUAAAACAAAAAACGACAAAAAUGAAACUUCAAUAUUUCAUAAUAUUCGGCAGGCGUGGCCGAUUCUUUUCUUUUUGGACGGAUACUAGUGCAUUAUCUGUAAAACACAACACACGCGCAUAUUUUUAUCGUUAUAUCUGUUGCAGUUUAAAAGAGACGAACAAAAAGUACGUUUUUUUUUUGUAUUUCAUAAUAGAGGUGUUGUCAGUUAACGUUGCACUGCAAAAGUGACUUUUUCCCGAUCUGGCGCAUUUUCAAUAUGAACCUGCUGUCAACUUCCCUCCAAUAUUUUUGACAAAUUUGGAGUCAACAUCUUUAUUUUUGAGACCAGCAGAUAUUUAUCCAAACGUUUAUGCUUCGAGUCCAAAUUUGAUACUGACGGAAAAUAUAUAUAUUUUAAAAGAUUUCGGAAAUUUCUUUUUGGGUUAUGCAAACAUAUUAAAAGAAUAUAUAGUAUUAUAUUAAAUGGUGGGUAUAGAAACUAAAAUUUGAUUUUGUAUAUAAUUUAUGAUCGAUAGCAGGUCACUAUAUGAAAUGGACGUAUCAUGUAAAAGUGUUGUUAAUCACACACCUCGCAGAAUUUUCACUUUCUUAGCUUGCCAAGGAAUUUUAUUGCUGUUUACCAGCUGCAUAAUAUGUGUGUGUUUCAUGACAUCGGCGGGUAAAGCA